GCGCGGUGGGGGUCGCUGGGGCGGGGUGCCGGCGGCGGCGGUGCCGCAUCCCCCGUGUCCGGCGCGCGGCCCGGGAUUCCUCCUGAGGAGAUGCUCGCGCUCGCCUACCGCCCUCCCGAAGCCGCUCCUCCGGGGUUUGUGGCGGCUGCGUUGAGUCACAUCCACCGCCCGCCGUUCACUGUCGCAGCCGGAGGUGCCGUGGCUGGUGUGCCCUGGUGCGGGCAUGGCGUAAACGCUGUGCAGCAAAGGAACGCGUCGUUCACCGCAUCCAGGCCCGCCCAGCAGCGUGUCUGUGUGAUGUGCUGUGAGAGGCCAUAUGGGCUAGCAGGGAGAAUUGUAGGUGAUGAUGAUGGAGGAAAGCUCUUUACUCCUGAGGAAUAUGAGGAGUACAAAAGAAAAGUACUACCAGUUCGAUUACAGAACAGGUUGUAUGUGAGCUGGAGAUCACCAACUGGCAUGGACUGUAAGCUUGUGGGACCAGAGACACUGUGCUUUUGUACUCACCGGUAUAAACAACACAGAACAGACUAUGAAGUGCUUCCCAAAGAGCGUCCUAUUUGUGUGCCUUGCAGAGUGAGAUGUUGUCCAUGCCAGUCCUACCACUAUGUCCCUCUGAAUGGCACCCAGCCCAUCCGCUGUAGAUGCAAACACUUUGCUGACCAGCACAGUGCAGCACCUGGAUUUCCAUGUAACUCUUGUUCCAAGUGUUCAGGCUUUCAUAGUUGCUUUACUUGUGCAUGUGGUCAGCCAACAUAUGCUCAUGAAACAGUUGUGGAAACCAAAGAGGAGCGCUUGGCCCAAGGAAAGCCUGUGGGGCAGGAUGUUCCUUAUGCUGCUAUGGGAGGACUGACUGGUUUUAGUUCCCUAGCAGAAGGCUACAUGAGACUUGAUGACAGUGGAAUAGGUGCUCCUUCUGCUGAACUUUUAGAAGCCCCUGUUACCAGCAUGGAUCAUCCAUUUCUAAAAGCAUUUCAGGGGCCUUCUAGUUCUGCUCAAACCAUCUCACAGAGAGCAGGUAGUUCAAGUGCCACAGGGCAAAUUUCUCAUGGAAAACCUUCAGAAGAAGAUGACAUGGCUUACUUUGAAAAACGUUAUCAAGAACGGCUGAAAAUGGAGAAAGCUGCUAAACGGAGAGGGAAAAGUCCAGUGCCAUCAAAGAAGCCAUGAGAUUAAUAAAUAAACAAAUAAAUAUUUAUUAUUUGGCACACUGC